ACUGCUCUGAUGUCAUUCGUGGCGCCAGAAAUCAAAGGCAGAAGAGGAGCGCGAAGCUGUAUGGCGGCCGCCGCGAAUUGCCGUCUAGCUUUCCUAUGCUGAUGACGUUCAACUUUGGAUACGUUGGAGUGCUGUAGUGACCGAGCGCCCGUCAUUCGUGCCUUUAUAACUGAGGGCUGGAGUCGACAUGGGAAUGCUACGCGGCGGCGGCGACGGUGUUCAACCGGUGGCAACAACUCCAAACAGGAGGUCGAUGGAGUUGGACACAAGCUCGGAGUUUCUGUCUCUCGUUCCUGCUUCGCGGAGAAAUAACCCCCGGUCGACGCGAACCGGCCGCGCUCGAGAACAUCACCUGGGCAGCCCCGAACACAAUCGACUAAAGUCAUUUUGUGACCGCCAGGGAGAUGACGAGCAGCAGUCGGGAAGCUGUCUCCGCGACUUUCCCAAGACCAGAGGCCAACGAGCCAAACUAGAGGUCUCCUUUAGUGACCUGCAACCAAAGGCCGGAGGCUAUGCCACCAGGAAAUCCUCCAGACUGCAGAAGGAAGGAAAAUCAUCCUGCGACAAAGUGCAAGGGGAUGUUCCAGACGAGGUAGAAGGGACUUCCACGCCCAAAAGAAGCCGCAUCAACCUCAGGAGCCCCGACAACGAGGUGGAACACUCUUUACGACGGAGUUCCAGAAUCACCCAAUAUCAAUUGAAUUCCCGCAAUCAGUCCGUCCUUUAUGACCGCCUCAUCACCAACACGGCAGAGGCUGUCCUGCAAAAGAUGGACGACAUGAAGAAGUUGCGACGCAGAUUGAACAACGAAGAGCAGCUGGGUGUAUACACCAGAGGCAGAGUGAGGCGAUCGCAGAAGACCAACGUGGACAUCAAGGAAAACCAAGAUGAUCAUGACGAUGAGGACGAAGAUGAAGACGAGGAUGACGAUGACCUCGACGACAUUGACGACGAUGAGGACGCAGUUGACGAAGACAACCAGAGGCGCUACGAAUUCCGCCAGCGAAAAAAUGUCGUUCUCUACCAGGCGCCGCAAGAUGAGCCCAGAGAAGCUCGAGAGAGCCGAGUGAGCAGAAAGCGCCCCCCCGUGUACUUUAAGGAGCGCUCGUCCCCCAGCCGACGCAGAUUUCCCUUUGGCUCGGCGGCCCAUCAGAACCCCUACAACAGGAGGAGCGGCAGGACGAGACGCACCCUCCGUAGUAGUGACUCCACGUCGACUUCUUCAGAAGAUGAGCCUUUUCAAAGGGCCAGGCCGAAUAGCAAAACUAAGAGCGGGAGCCGCUCGGUCACCAGUCUACCCAUGAACAUUGUGAAAGAUGACUUGCUGGGAAUUCACAAAGAUCGCAUGAAAACUGGAGCAGGUCUCAUUGACCCCAUGCACAUAGACAGAACGGUCCGCUUUGGCAAUAUCGGAGGCUUGAGCAGACACAUCUCAUCCCUGAAAGAGAUGGUGGUGUUCCCCCUGCUUUACCCAGAAGUCUUUGAGAGGUUCCACAUCCAGCCACCCAGGGGUUGUUUGUUUUCUGGUCCCCCAGGCACUGGCAAAACGCUGGUGGCUCGAGCCUUGGCCAACGAAUGCAGUCAGGGAGAACGAAAAGUGUCCUUCUUUAUGAGGAAGGGGGCCGAUUGCCUCAGUAAAUGGGUGGGAGAGUCUGAGAGACAGCUCCGCCAUCUCUUUGAGCAGGCACACCAAAUGCGCCCAUCGAUCAUUUUCUUUGAUGAGAUCGACGGUCUGGCUCCGGUCAGGUCCAGUCGACAGGAUCAGAUUCACAGUUCCAUCGUGUCAACUCUUCUGGCUCUCAUGGACGGACUGGAUGGCAGAGGAGAGAUUGUAGUGAUUGGCGCCACCAACAGAAUCGACUCCAUCGAUCCGGCGCUCAGACGCCCGGGCCGCUUCGACCGAGAGUUUUUCUUUAGCCUGCCCGACAGAGAGGCAAGAAGAGACAUUUUGAAGAUCCAUACCAGACGGUGGACACCUCCUCUUUCGGACAAUUUCUUGGACGAGUUGGCCGACGAAUGUGUCGGUUAUUGCGGCGCUGAUAUUAAGGCGGUGUGUUCGGAGGCGGCGCUGUGCGCAUUACGGCGCCGCUACCCGCAAAUUUAUUCCUCGUCACAGAAACUGCUGCUUGAUGUGAGUUCCAUCGCAAUCACAGCCAAAGACUUCAUGUCCGCCAUGACCAAGAUGGUGCCGGCUGCGCAGAGGACGGUAGUGUCCCCAGCCAAGGCUCUGCUGCCUGCAAUCCGUCCCCUACUGAGCGCCGCUCUGCAGGAGAUCCUCCACACGGUCAGCAAAGUCUUCCCACAUGCCGAGCAGGGCUUGAAAAGGAAGAGGACUCAAGAUCAUCCGCGCGUGUCCGAGGACGACCUGGCGUUCAGCGACGACGACGACGAGCGGCCCGACGGGCAGAGCCCUCAAAAGCCCACCGCCUCAAAGGGAAUUCUCAGCAUGGAAAGAAGCGCCUUGAGCCAGCCCACCUCUCACCGUCCCAGGCUCCUUUUGGAGGGUCGAACGGGCUCGGGUCAAACGGCUCACCUGGCUCCCGCCCUUCUCCAUUCUCUUGAAAGAUUCACAGUGUACACUUUAGACAUGGCGGUGCUGUUUGGAGCCAGUUCCACGGCACCAGAGGAGACCUGUGCACAGAUUUUUGUUGAAGCCAAGCGGACCUCCCCCAGUGUCCUGUACAUCCCCCACAUUGGGCAGUGGUGGGAGACGGUGGGUUGUUCAUUAAAAGCCACUUUUCUCAGCCUCCUUGGCUCCCUCCCUGCCUUCGCUCCUAUACUGCUCCUGGCAACCUGCAGUCUGGAGUACUCUCAACUCAGUUUUGAGGUUCAGGAAUUGUUUAAGGCUGAUUAUGGGGAGGUUUAUUAUGUGCUAGUCCCCAGCAAACAGGAGAGAAGACAUUUCUUCGAAGACCUAAUACUUAACCAGGCCGCCAAAGCUCCGGUCUCGAAAAGGAAGUCACCAGCCCACUCCUUGGAGGUGCUUCCUGUUGCUCCUCCUCCGCCGCCGCCGCCACGUCAGCUGGUGGAGCAGGAAGCCCAAAAACUGGCUGAACAAGAGGAAGACACCCUGAGGGAGCUCCGCCUCUUUUUGCGGGACGUCACCAAUCGCCUCUCCCAUGAUAAACGCUUCAAAGCUUUUACAAAGCCUGUGGAUCUAGAGGAGGUUCCCGAUUAUGCUGCUGUGAUCGAGAAGCCUAUGGACCUGUCAACCGUGCUUUCAAACAUUGACCUCCAUCAAUAUGGAACAGUCAAAGACUUUCUUCAAGAUGUGGAUCUCAUUUGGAAGAAUGCGCUUGAAUACAACCCGGACACCAACCCCUCAGGCCGCCAGAUUCGCCAUAAGGCCUGUGCGCUUAAAGACACGGUGCACGCCAUCGUACGACAUGAAUUGGAUGAAAACUUUGAGAGGAUUUGUGAUCAAAUCAAACAUUCACGUAGCAAUAGAGGCUUGUCGACGCCACCUUCCUUUUCCCAUGCCCUCCCCAAACAGGCCAAACUUGUGACUGAGGCUAAUAAGCUGACUGAGAAGACGCCACCAAAAGAGCCGUUCAAAGCCGCGACGGCAUGGAUUCCUAGUACGGCUUCCUCGACGACGUCCAUUACUCCUAAAAGCACAGUGCAGAGAAAAAAACGCCGGAAGAGUCGCUGGUCCUCGGGCUGCUAUUCAAAGAAGGCAUCUUCCUCUCCUCACGUCUGUAAAGACAAUAGUCACUUAAGCAGCGAAGACGACGAAGACGCCGAAGACACCGAGACGGAGAAAGUGCUGACCCCGGAGCUUUUUGACGAAGACGGCGAGGAGGUCAAAGGGGCGCUUCAAGCUUCUUUGAAGGACGCUAUUGAGAGUGAAAGUGAAAAAAGGGACGUUGACCACCAGACACAAAACCAUAUCGUAGCCAAAGAUCAGUCGGCUAUUGAAGUUACGCCACAAAACCCAGUCAGUAUUAGGCACAGUGCCGUGAGCGGUGAAGGACAUAACCAGGGACGCUUGUACACAGGUUGUGGCCAAGCCUGCAGCCAAAGCCAGAGCAAGAUUGCAGCACAUGAGCCGGAACCGAUGGAGGUGGUUACCACAGAGAGUGCCAGCACAGAGCACUCUAGAGCCCUCGCAGGAGAUGAGGACUCUGUCGCAGAGAGAAGCAGGACGUGCAUGACUUGGCCCUCAAAGAACUCUGUUCAGCAGCAGCAGCAGCAGCAGUUUGAUAUGGAAAAGGCAUUGCAAAGCCAUGACCAGGAAAAACCUUCACUGGUGGUGGACAGGGACAAAUUAAAGGAGCUCUUGGACAAAGUGGUGACAAAGACUGAUGGCUAUGAGGUGCACAAGUUGGAGAAACUCUAUGCUCUCCUCUGCCAAAGUGUCUACAGACACAGAAGAGACCAUCAUAAAGCUGCAUUAAUAAUGGAGUUGGAGCAAAAAAUCAAUGAGUUCUACUGAGAAGUCUUAAAGAACAAUGGACAAUGCUAAAAUGGCUACCACUAAUACUUUUGUGCAUAAAGCGAAUCUCUGUAUUAGCUCUUGUUUCGAUUGAACUAAAUGGAUUGUCUUUAUAAGUAA